AUGAACUUUAAAGAAUAUGAUGUUUAAACACCAUGUCAGCUUUCGUUUAAAAGAUUCUAUAUAAAAAAAGUGAUAAUUAAUAGAAGACCAUAAUUUAUGGGAAAUUAAAGCAAGGACAAACCAAAAAUUGCAUUUGGAAGCAACUUAAAAUCUGUUAAUAAAGAACGGUUUGAACAACCAACUUUAUUUUAUGAUAAAAAGUACACAUGCAUUGAUAAACAUUCUGGAGUACCUUCAAUAUAAAGUACAAGAAAUAGUAGGAUCAAAAGUGAAUAUGACGCAAAUGAAAAAAUCAAAAAACUUAAAAAAUUAGACGAGUUUUCAAAUUCAAAAAGUCUAUCACUAUCUUUCUAACCAUAAUAAUAUAAUUAAAAAAAAAGAGAACCAAUUCAUUCAGAUCCACUCAAUUAUUUGAAUAAACUUCUUCCAAUGACUGUAAGGUAGCUUAAAGAGAGCUUCAUAAUGUUAUUGUAAGUAUUAUAUUUAAGAAAGGAAUAAACACUAAUCAAACCAUAUAAAUUUAGAACCAUAAUGA